UGACGGGAGUGACAUGACCCAGACGUGUUUUCCCGUGUGACAUGACCCAGACGUGUUUUCCCGUGUGACAUGACCCAGACGUGUUUUCCCGUGUGACAUGACCCAGACGUGUUUUCCCGUGUGACAUGACCCAGACGUGUUUUCCCGUGUGACAUGACCCAGACGUGUUUUCCCGUGUGACAUGACCCAGACGUGUUUUCCCGUGUGACGUGACCCAGACGUGUUUUCCCGUGUGACAUGACCCAGACGUGUUUUCCCUUGUGAUGUGACCCAGACGUGUUUUCCCGUGUGACAUGACCCAGACGAUUUUCUCCUGUGACAUGACCCUGGUGGCCCCCUCUCCGCCCCAUCCCUUCGCUUCCUCCGUUCUCUCCCUUCCCCCUUCCUCAUACUAACCUAUGUCUGCUCCCCUUACCCCUUCACCACCCUUCCCAUCCUCACAUCCCCUUCCCUAUCCUUACUAAGCUACUCCCUUUCCCAUCUCUCUCCUGCCCCUUCUUUUCACUUUCCUCCCCUCCCCAUCUCUCCCCUUCCUCCAUACCUAUCUGCUUCCCUCUCCCUUCUUCCCCUCUCUUUCCACCCCAUUCUUUAUAGUUUCCUCCCCUCCUUCUCUCUCCCUUCCCAUAACUACUUACUCCCUUCCCAUUCCCUCCUUUUUCCACUGUCUACAUGUCCUCAGAGAUAGACUCUACACAUUUUUUAAAACAUUGAGGUUUGAGUCCAUCGCUCCUCUCUAACUUCCAGACAGCAAUGAAGCUUGAUUGUUCCCCUGCGAUUCAAUUCGUGAACUGCAUUUUGAACACUUGGAAAAAUGUCGGACAGCAUGCAUGUGCCUCUUAUUCAAGGGCAUUCUGCAAGACGCCUGUUGAACUCAGUUUUAGGAUACCUUUUAAGGGUCAACUUCAACAAGAGGCAGUUGGUGCUGCUGGGCGUGGUGGCCCUCACCUGUGUCACUGCUGUUGCUGCAGGCCUAAGCAUAGGUUUACUGCAACGCAACAGUGUUGAAUCUACAAGCUCUGCUAAGACUGAAAAGGCCCCACAAAAAGGUGCGUUUGAGUCGUGGGGAGACAAUACCACUGAUGAUGGAGUUGCAGGAACUGAGCCGCCACCAUCGGAAAGUGAACUUGGGGAGUUUGAUUCAGCAGCCGUGAGCGCAGACGGCCAACCGUGUGCUCAGAUAGCCACUGAUAUUCUGCGCAAGAAUGGCAGUGCUGCAGAUGCAACAGUUGCUGGGCUGUUCUGUGUGGGCGUGAUCAACACUCAGUCCAUGGGUCUUGGCGGUGGCUUUCUCCUGACUUACUAUGAGAGGUCAACAGGCAAAGCCUACACCCUUAAUUCCAGGGAGACUGCUCCAGGUGCUGCCUAUGAAGACAUGUACCAUGGGAAUGGAGAAUUAAUGGAGAAGGCAAGGAAGAGUUGGUGGAAGGAUCUUAAAAUGAGUUUGAAAGGUGGUCUGGCUGUAGCUGUUCCCGGAGACUUGCGGGGCUACAGAGAACUGUAUGAAAGGUUUGGCGGCCAGCUGCCAUGGAGGGACCUUUUGGAGCCCACUGUACAGCUGUGUGAGGAGGGACACACUGUCAACUGGCACAUGGCCCGGGCAUUGCAGUACAAUAAAGAGCAGAUACUGAGUGAACCAAGCAUGAGUGUCUUCAUUAACCCCGACACCGGUGAUGUGUACAAAGAAAAUGAUAUCUUGAAGAGGCCACAGUUAGCCAAUACCUUGAGAAUACUUCAGGAUGAUCCAGAUGCCUUGUACACUGGCCAGUUGGCAAACCAGUUGGCAGAGGACAUCCAGGGCUUUGGGGGCAUUAUUACUGCUGAAGAUCUGCGUAACUAUAGACCAGAAUGGAAGGAAGCAAUGAAUAUAAGUCUCCAGACGGGGGAUAUGAGGAUGUUCUCAAUAGAGCCUCCUGGAUCGGGCCACAUAUUAGGGUUCAUCCUCAACAUUCUCGAUGAGUAUGGCUUCACGCCGGAGAGCAUGGAGGGGGACCAGAAGAUCGUUACCCAUCAGAGAAUCACAGAAGCAAUGAAAUGGGCCUAUGCCAGACGGACUGAAUUGGGAGAUACCAACUUUGUGGAUAUAACAGAGUUAACUAAAAACUUGACUUCGGAUGCCUAUGCCAACAGCAUUUGGAGUCAGAUCUAUGACAACCAAACUUUCCAAGAUCCAGAGCAUUACGGCGCUGUGACAGCAGCGAAGGACAACCACGGAACAGCCCACUUCUCCCUCGUAGCUCCCAAUGGGGAUGCCGUGUCUGUCACCAGCACCAUUAAUCUGUAUUUUGGUGCCGGGAUACGCUCGGUGCAGACUGGCAUUGUGCUGAACGAUGAGAUGGAUGACUUCUCAGCCCCAAACAUUACUAAUUAUUUUGGCCUGCCACCAUCGCCUGCCAAUUUCAUCAGGCCAGGUAAGCGACCUCUGUCCUCCAUGUGCCCAGCAAUAUUUGUUGACUCCAAUGGUGACGUGCGGCUGGUCAUCGGUGCAGCUGGCGGCACAAAGAUCUCGUCUGGUACGGCGUGGGUUGUGCUAAACAAUCUGUGGCUGGGCAAGGACAUCAAGGAAGCCAUAGAUGCCCGCAGGAUUCACCACCAACUGUUCCCAAUGACUCUAAGCUAUGAAAGUGGAACGCAAAGCGAUGUCGUUGAAGGCCUGGAGAGCAUCGGGCACGUGACGGAGAUGUUUGGCGUGGGCGGCUCGGUGGUCUGUGGUGUUGCCCGGCAAGACGGAAAACUUUAUGCUAAUUCUGACUUUAGGAAAGCAGGUGAAGUUGAUGGGCUUUGAAAAUUAUAAACCGUUAAAUUAUCGUGAUAACAAAUUUUGUUUCAAUUUAAUUUAAAUGUAGAUUACAUUAUUUAAUUUAGAAAUACAGUAAAGGAAAUUUGUGUUAAAUCAUAUGAUCCUGUCAGGUACUUUUGUAACAUUUAAGAUGGAUUCAAUAUAAGUACAGUUUUAUUGUGAUAAUAAUGUUAAAUAGCUAUCUAUUUUCAUGGCAAAAUAAGCAGUAAAUAUAUUCCCUAUUUGCUUCCUGCUUUGAUGUCCACAACCUCCCAAGCACUGCCCAGCUGGAGGCAGUGAGGAGGCAAGUUGUGGGUGGUCAGCCAGGUGGCAUCCCCGCCAAGGCCAGUAAACAGGUUGGCUGUGAGUAAUGGACAUGAUGCACACCAGCACUGAGUGAGGAUAGGAUCUCCAUGUGUACUAUUUCACUAAGUGCUUGCACUGCACACCUGUGUUUUAAUUAGUGGAUGUGUAAAACUGACACCAUUAGGGAACUUCACUGUUGCUGAAAUGCCAUGAUGUCACUUGAUCAUUACACAUGUGCCAAGUAAUCACAUCUUAAGUAUAAAAAAACAUGUUAUAAGUAGAUAUUCUCUGAGCUAUAAAGGCAAUCACAAUCACUUACGGGUAGUGGUAGAAAAUAACCGUUGAAAACCACCUAAAGCUAAUAGAAGUAAAACUUUUAGAUAUUUCUUGCACACCCUUAGUGCAUUAAUUCACUAAUGACUACCACACCUCAGACUUCUUGUGCAGGCAUGUGCUUAUUCAAGCUUUCCUCACACUUUAUAUAUUUAAAAAAUACACAUAUGGUAUAACUAUUAGAAAACCUACUUCAAAACUUAGAAUAGAAGGGAGUGCAAUGCCAACCUAGCCUUUUAUUAUAAGCUAAUCAGCAAACAGGCUCACAAAGAAUGCAAGUUGUGGCUCCUCAGAUCACCCCCAAGAGAAGUUUUUACCCUCGUCACACGUGAAAAGUCCUGUGACAGAAAUAAUGUAUGUCCACUUAUUUGUAUGCAUUUUUUAAUUGGUUCUCAUAUCAGGAAAAAAACUGCUUUGAAAAACUGCAUUAAACUAUCACAAUUAAGUGCCAUCAAAAUAAAGUUUGCCAAACAUUUUCUAUUUUGACUGACUCAUUUUUAUGCCUCUGCUCAACUCUUCAGAGACAUUUGUUGUUCCUGAUGUGAGUACUAAUUGCUGCGGUGUGUACACAUUGAUGAAUAGCUCCUAAGCAGGGUGACAUUGCACUGCUCUGCACACUCCUUCAGGCCUUCCCGUCACCAUAGGGUAAGGUACCGUAAUGCAUCCAAGUAAUAGAAUAACAGUGAAAAUACAGCAGCGGCAAAUUCAGGGAUACAAUGAAUUUUUCUUUUAGUAAUUUGGUUCAAGUGGAUCGUACAAGUAGAGACUGUAGUUGACAGGCUUCAGGACCCAGAAGUGUGGGAGAUGAUAACUCACGUGACGGUGAUAAAUGGUUCAGUGUCACUUGAGUAAUAAAAGAUAACAUUUC